GAAAACAAGAUGGCGACUUUUGGCCGGCUCAUUUCUGUUGCACUUCGGAAAAAUUGCGGCCAGAUUUUAUGUAAUUCACCUGGAAAAUUUAUCCUUGGACCUAUAUCUUUUUGUGGCACAAAGAGGUUACUAUCAACUCAGCCCGCAAUCAAAGAUGACCCAGUUCGUACAAGGCUUUCAGAAUAUGGAGAACACGUAGGCAAUAUGCUUCCAAAAUACGUCCAGCAAACCCAAGUGAACCACAAUAAUGAAUUGGAAAUAUUAAUUGCUCCCGAGGGAAUUCUGCCUGUGUUGACCUUCUUACGAGAUCAUACAAAUGCUCAGUUCAAAUCCUUGGCUGACCUGACUGCCAUGGAUGUUCCAGGUAGACAGAAUAGAUUUGAGGUUAUUUAUAAUCUGCUGUCGUUACGUUUUAACUCAAGAAUACGUAUCAAAACAUACACAGAUGAACUAACAGCUUUGGACUCGGCUCAUCCAGUGUUCAAAGUUGCCGACUGGUUUGAACGAGAGGUUUGGGAUAUGUUCGGCAUAUUCUUCUCCAACCAUCCUGAUCUAAGGAGAAUUCUGACAGACUACGGUUUUGAAGGACAUCCGUUCAGGAAGGAUUUUCCUUUAUCAGGCUAUGUUGAGGUUCGUUGGGACGACGAAUUAAAACGUGUUGUGUCGGAACCCAUUGAACUUGCGCAAGAAUUCCGUAAGUUUGAUCUUCAAAGCCCUUGGGAACAGUUCCCUCUGCACCGUGACGUGGAGCCAACACCGUUGUUAGAUGCGGAACAGAGUGAAGAUAAGAAAUAAUUUUGAGAUUCGAGUUGAGAUUUGAGAUUCUAGCUUUUGUACAUACAUAAAGGUUUGAUAAAGAAUAUAGCAGUCAUGCUGUUGUGAA